AUGGCGGGCGUCGGCUCGGCGUUGCGGCGGCUCUACCUCUCCGUCUACAACUGGGUCGUCUUCUUCGGAUGGGCGCAGGUGCUGUACUACGCGGUCCUGACGCUGCGGGAGAGUGGGCACAAGGCCGUCUACGCCGCCGUCGAGAAGCCGCUGCAGUUCGCGCAGACAGCCGCCGUCAUGGAGCUCAUGAAGUCUGGAUCUAUCCUAAUAGAAAUGAUUACUGCUGUAAAGUUUGAGUACUACAAGCAAAAUUGUCUUGUAGUUCUUGAUUCUUCAUGGACUCGUAGGGUUGGUGAGGUCUCCGUCUCUGCAACUCUUCCACAGAUUGGAUCCAGGUUGUUCCUUACAUGGGGUGUUUUGUGGAGUUUUCCUGAGACCCAGUCACAUCUUCUUGUUACUACCCUGGUCAUAAGCUGGUCUAUCACUGAGAUCAUCAGAUACUCUUUCUUUGGAAUGAAGGAGGCAUUUGGCUUUGCACCUUCCUGGUUAUUAUGGCUUAGUGAAGUUGGUCUGAUCUACAUUGCCUUGCCUUAUAUGAAGGCAUCGGAGAAAUACUGUCUUAGGAUGCCCAACAAAUGGAACUUCUCAUACGAUUACUUCUAUACAUCUAUUCUUGCCCUCCUGAUUUAUGUUCCAGUGAACUUAUUUUCUAUUGAGAAGCUGAGAUAA